GGUCUGCCUCGCGCGCCGAGUCGCGCUAUGGAGCAGUAGCAUCCAAGUUUCAGGUAGCGGCGCACGGGACGGACAGCACAGCACGUGUAACAACGACUAAUACUACUCAUACAGCAGCAGCAACAGCAGCAAGUAGCAGCAGUGACGGAGUGUUGAGAGGCGAACGCUCUAUUGCCGGCUCGCGCGAGCGGAGGAGCGAGCUGCAUUACGCGCCGUCAACUUGGGGGAGCGAAUUGAUUUGAACCGGUGGCAGUGGCAGUGGUUGCGGCGGCCGCGGCGGCGACACGCGAGCCCGACUGCUUCUGCAGAGCGGCCGUCGCCUUCACGGCUCUCGUCACCUCCCCGUAUUGUAGAAGAGGACGGGGAAGUAGAAGGGGAACUUCAACGCGGAGAGAGGAGCGAGCGAGCAAGCGAGCGUGGGAUGAACUCGCGUUGAGCGGAGAGACGUCGCGACGCACGCGGAGAAGAAGCAUAAGGACACCACGCAGGGACUUCGACCCAUCCACGCCUCCGUCUUCCCCCCCUCCCCUUCGCACGCCAUGGAAGCGGCAAGGACGACGAGUAGAGGAUCCUCCGAGGGAUCCUCCAAGGGAAACUCCAAGGGACCCGCCUGUCCCCUCGCCUCCUCGGCUGGCGGCCCAUGCUCCCCGCAGUCCCCGACGCACUUUGUGCUCGCGCUGUCGUGGGCAAUCCUCGCGGCCGCGUGCGUGGCGCUGUUCGCGCGCAGCGAGACGCUGGGGGGCCGGGUGAGCGCCUUGGAGCGCAGCCUCGGCGCCCUGCCCGCGGCCGGGUCCGACGCGGUGAUGCAGCAGCAGCAGCAUUGGGACGGCGUCUUCGAGCCGCGACUUGAGGCGCUUCUCAAUCGGAGGCUGGAGGAGGAACUCCCGCGCCUUCGGAGAGCGAGGGAGACGUCGACGAAGCUCUGUUCGUGCCCCCCAGGACCUCCCGGCAGGAUGGGCAAGCGAGGGCGAACCGGGGAGCCAGAGCGAGAGAAAACUCCUCUGCCGCCCCUUGCCCCCUCCCUCCUCUCCUUCCCAUGCUCCCCUGGGUAG